UCCUCUCCUGCAGGUAGUGGAGGAUGAGGAUCCCCCUCAGAAAGGAGGGCAGUGACUCUGGAUUUGCCUAGGGCUAGGGUUAAUGGCCUCUCAGCGACCUGUGCCUUUGUAUCUGUUGCCCAGGCAAACACUGAUUACAUCAGCUUUGAUUUCUCAUGGGUGGGCAGCCUUGGUUGUCUGCCAGAAUGAAAAGAACCUGGAACAAGGACAUGGGAAUCCAAAUCUCGGUGAGGUCCCAGGACCACUGCAUCUUUCUUCCCUGUGUCUCUCCUCCCCAGCGUAAGCACAGAAGCCUGAUGGAGAAGGAUUUUGCAAUGUUAGAAAGAACGUUGGAAAGAACAACUGCAGCCUCUCUCCACCAUUUACAGGAGUGCUAGAAGCGACAAGAUGCGUGCCAGGCAGUAGGCAGAAUUCCUUCUGGAACCUACAGCCAUCCUCUGAACUUGGAGCCAGCUGACCUUUGUCCCUGGGGCAGAGACGUAGUCCAUGGGCCCAAUCCAGGUCCUCGAAGGGAGAGCAGGUCUGAGCCCUCGUCCUCUGAAGUGAGAAAUCUCAUCUCCCACAACAGACCUGCCAGGGCCCAGGAGAGCUCGACCCACCCAGGCACACCACAGCAGCAGCAAUGGCUUGGGACACAGGAGUAUGGAAGCAGACGUUUCAGGAGUUAAUGCGGGAGGUGAAGCCAUGGCACAGAUGGACCCUGACGCCAGACAGAGGCCUUCUUCCCAACGUCCUGAAGCCAGGGUGGGUUCAAUACCAGCAGUGGACCUCCGCCAGGUUCCAGUGUUCCUCCUGCUCUCGCAGUUGGAACUCUAGCCAAGUUCUGGUCCUUUUCCACAUGCACUGGAGUGAGGAGAAGUCCAGGGGCCAGGUGAAGAUGAGGGUGUUUACCCAGAAAUGUAAGAAGUGCCCCCAACCUCUGUUUGAGGCCCCUGAGUUCACACAAGAGAACACCUCAAGAUUCCUGAAAAACCUGGUCUUCCAAAUUCUGAAGAAAUGCUAUAGAGAAAGAUUUCAAUUGAGAGAGGAGGUUCCUGUGAUCAAGAACAUCUCUCUGGAAGGGUCCCAUGCUAGUGACCACUGUGAGGCAUGUCUGCAGGGCUUCUGUGCUGGGCCCUUACAGGUUGUGGACCUCCCCCAAUCUUGGACCCCAAGAGUAUACUCCAUUUACCAGGUGGAGGAGGGAAUUGAGUCCUGGCCCUCAAGAGAGAAUGGCUGUUCCAACGCAUGCCAGAACCACACCUGUAGGAACUUAAGCAUUUCCUGCUGUUGUGUCAUUCUCAUUGUUAUCGUGAUCAUUGUUGUGAAAACUACUAUAUGAGCCUUGGAAACACAACGCCAAGUGGAAAAAAAAAUCAGAUGCAAAAAGUCACAUGUUGUAUGAUUCCAUUUUUGUGAAAUGUCCAGAAUAGGUAAAUUUAUUAGAUGAAUUGCUAGCAGCGCCUGGGGAAAGCGGGAGACAGGAAGCAACUACUUAACCCUGCUGGGGUUCCUUGUGCGGGGGGAGUGCUGGGAUGCUCUGGACUGAGAGCAGGUGCGGUUGCACAGCACUGUCAAUGCAGGAAACGUCACUGAACUGUUCGCUUUCAAUGAUUAAUUUUGUGAUGUGACUUUCACAUCAAUAUUUUUUUUAAAAGACUUUUAAAAUUGUGUUCACUCUCAAAAGAACCGAGUCUGAAGUGGCUGUGGUUCAUAAACCAUUUGGAAAUCCUGUGAAGCCCUGUGGGCCCCCUCACCAGGGAAUUUUGCACAGACACUCUGAGGUCAGACUGCAAAGGCAUUUGCAGUCAAAAGCAUUGGGGUGAAAACCUGGGUUCUCCAACACUGGUCUCCACAGAGGGAGGUGAGCAGGUCACUGAGGGGUGAGCGCAGGAUGUGCCACCAGGUCUUUCUUUUUAAAGAUAAUAUAAUUAGUGUAAAUUGUUGGUUAACAGGGAACUCACAGCCAGUAGCACCAUAACCCAGGCCUGAAGGAAGCUUCUCUAACACACAUAUUCUCUCCAUAAGGCACAUCAUGGCCUUCUCACUCGUAGGAACACCAGAAAGCACUCUACACUAUGCUCAAGGGCCAUUUGAAACCGCAGAAUCACCAACAGAAGCACAAAAACGUGAAACACGUGGCAAAAUAGAUCACGAGAAGCACACUUGUUUACAGCACAAAAGCUGGAACAAACAGGCAGGAACACACAGGCCCUGCUCCGGCUCCGUUGGGAACACGGGUGCUGCUGACUCCAAUUUCCCCUGCUCUGCACAUGUCUGUGAAUGACCACAAACAGACCGUGAGAACUGGUUUCAGCAGGUAGGGGUUACUAAUAGAUUUCAGCAGGUAGGGGUUACUAAUAGAUU